AUGCCGAGGUUCCCGCCGUCAGAAGCCAUGGACAAGUCCGAACGUGCCGCGUGGGUAGCAGCGCUCAAUAGCAGCGCCUGGCCCAAGGCCGACAUUACCGACGAAGAGCGGUUUGAGGACUGGCUAGAUGCGGUAGCGGGUCUAGUGAGGGAGACCUCAUACAAUAUGGACGAGACGGUGAUGGUACAGCUGCUGUGGGCGCGCAUCCCUUCCGCGAAGCAAAUCAGCCUCAUGGGAGUGUCCCGACGGCCCGGAGUGCGAGUGGAAGAUUUCGUGUCCGAGGUCGCAAGGAAGUUGUUCCCGUCCAGUAAUUACGUAGCGAAAGCCUACUACGAGGCGAUAACCAUAGAGAAUGGGGACUUCCAAAACCUGGCGGAGUUGCUCAACCAGAGAAUCACACGUUACGUGCGGUUGGCCCACCGCUGGGGUGCAGUCGAAAGCUUCAGUCGGAAGUUUCUAGAGAGACGAAUUCUCGAUGUGGCGUCCCCUCAGUGGAGGCAGUGGUUCGCUAGCAAGGAAGCCGGCGGUACCCUGUUUGAGAUACUACACGACCUAACCGACCGCUGUGGCUGGAAGGGUACCGCGGUGCUAGCCGUCGGGUCCAGGAAUGAGGAGGCGCAGGACGACUCGGAUGACGAACAAGAUAUACUCUCACCCCAGCAGGUCGAGGCGAGGCACCUGUGCCACUACUGCGGGUUUCCGAGGCACGCCAGGGACGAGUACUGUCCAGCCAGGGGCACGCGCUGUCACAACUGCGGCAAGGUAGGACACUGGAGAGGAGUCUGUAGAACCACCUACUACCGAGAUGUGUACGGGAAGCCCUCGCACUCGGUAACACAGACGGCGCCAGGACGCCUGCAGGUAAAGGUAGGUGGGGAUACGACGCGAGGCGACAAGCUCCAAACAGCGAGCAGAAUCAUCCGAGACGAACGGACUCGGUACGACGAGAAGCGCCACAAGGAUGCCGCUCGGCGAAAGAGGGACACGGACAGGCCGACGGAAAUGCAAGUGGAUAGUGGCGCGACGGAGGAACACUCAGCUGCCCUCGCCACCCAAAUAGGAGAGUUGCAGGCCGCUGUACUCAAGAUUGCCGCACGGAUGGACGAUGCGGAGAACCGCCCUUUUCAGUAA